AUGGAGAAGGUGGGCCUCACCCAGGAGGGGAGGGCGCCCAGAAACUUCCUGCGACUCUCUGCUCCACAGCGCACCGCAGACUGCAAAACAAGGUCAGCCUGGAGCGGGGUGGCAGCCUGCCUGGGGGCGGGGGACCCUCCUCGGGGCUGGGCGGAGGCCUUUAAGCGCCUCGCCAUAUUGAGCAGCCACGCUGAGACGCCUUUGUCUGUAGAGUCCUCCCACAAACUUUCAGCUACACCCGGAGUGUCGGGGCGUCCCCAGCUUGGAGCCGGGACACUGCAUCUCCCGUUUGAACCCAGCUUUUAGCCUCGGGACUGACCGCGCCUCGGUUCACGUAAGCAUCCUGGAAAAUCGCUCACUACAACUCCGAGGGGGUGAGGGAAAACCCAACUUGUUGGACUUGUCGCCUGCGAAGAAAAUUGCAGGGAGGUGACACUCUGCAAGAGCAGAGUUGCUAGGACUCUCCCCUGCCCCCUCCCUAAGACUAGAAUCUAAGUUUUUUGUUUGGGCUUCGUGCCCCCCACCCCAGAAUCCACUCUGGAGAUCUUAAAGACUCUCGAGAAAAGCCACGUGGGGGGCUGGUUUCCCUGGGGCUUCCUCCCUUCUCCCGAUUGCCUGAUCCUCUGGAGCGUCCCUGAUGUCUGCAAAGAUGUCGAUCUGGACGUGUUAGUGGAGGCCUUAAGGCCCGUGGGUACCUUUAAGAAGAUCGGGAAGGUGUUCCGUAAUGAGGAGGACUCCACGGUGGGAAUGCUGCAGAUUGGGGAGGAUGUUGACUAUCUGCUCAUCCCCCGGGAGGUCCGGCUGGCUGGGGGCGUGUGGAGAGUCAUCUCCAAGCCCGCCACCAAGGAAGCUGAAUUUCGGGAGCGCCUGAUUCAGUUUCUGCAGGAGGAGGGCCGCACUCUGGAAGACGUGGCUCGAAUCAUCGAAAAGAGUACUCCACACCCACCCCAGCCCCCCAAAAAAGCCAAAGAACCCAGAGUGAGGAGAGUCCCACAGAUGGUCACUCCUCCACUUCGGCUAGUCGUAGGCACCUAUGACAGCAGUAACGCCAGCGACAGCGAGUUGAGUGACUUCGAGACCUCCAAAGUCAAAGGCAAUAGGGGCUCCCAGAGGACCAGAAAGGUGCGCAAAAUACCCGUCAGUUACUUGGGCAGCAAAUUCCUGGGCAGCGAUGUGGAGAGCGAGGAUGAUCAGGAGUUAGUAGAAGCCUUCCUCCGCCGGGGGGAGAAGAAGCCCAGCGCGCCUCCUCCACGUCGCCGAGGCAAUCUGCCAGUGCCCAUGUUUGAGGACAACCUGGGACCCCGGCCGUCCAAGGCCGACAGAUGGCGGGAGUAUGUCAGCCAGGUGUCCUGGGGGAAGCUGAAACAGAGGGUGAAGGGCUGGGCACCCAGGUCAGGCUCGGACAUGGUCGAGGCCCAGCAGGCCUCCAUCGCAGCUGAGAGGGCUGGAGAAUUGAGAUGUAGCCGUACCAGUCGGGACGAUAGCUCCAGAAGAAACACAGGAGACGGGAGCCACCAGACACCGGGUACCAGGUGCUGGAAGCCCAAGAUCAAGUGGGUCUCCUUGAGGCGGUGCAGGAAGGAGCAGGAGCCCCCAGAGGCUGCAGAGAACCAGAGGGUAGAUGUUCCAGCUGAACGUGGAGUAGAGGCUGCAGGUAAUCUGAGGGCAGAGGCUGAAGUUAAUCCGAGGGCAGAGACUGCAGCUAAUCUGAAGGCAGAGGCUGCAGCUAAUCCGAGGGCAGAGGCUGCAGCUAAUCCGAGGGCAGAGGCUGCACCUAACCCGAGACCAGAGGCUGUAUCUAACCCGAGACCAGAGGCUGCACCUAACCCGAGACCAGAGGCUGCACCUAACCCGAGACCAGAGGCUGCACCUAACCCGAGACCAGGGGCUGCACCUAACCCGAGACCAGGGGCUGCACCUAACCCGAGACCAGGGGCUGCACCUAAUCCAAGGACAGGGGCUGCACCUAAUCUGAGGACAGAAGUCAUAGGUAGGCAGAGGGCAGAGGGCCCAGUUAACCAAGAGACUGGAGCUGCAGAGAGUGAGAGGGUGGAGGCCCCAGCUGACCAGAGGGCAGGAGUCCUCCAUGACCAGAGGGAGGAGGCUGGACCUCAGGCUAUAGCGGAAGCCUCAGCUAGCUCUGUUACCAUAGGGACAGCCCCAGGAUCUAGGGCCCGGAAACAGGUAAAGACAGUGAGGUUCCAGACCCCAGGACGGUUCUCAUGGUUUCACAAGCGCAGGAGGGCUUUCUUGCACACUCCCCGGUUGCCAACCCUGCCCAAGAGAGUCCCCAGGGUAGGUGAGGCUAGGAGCCUCAGGGUGCUGAGGGCUGAGGCUAGAACAGAAGUGGAACACAGACAGCAAGAAGAACAGCUGUGAGAGGAGAGGAGUCCAGGCCCCCGCACCCUGCCUGCCCUGUGCUGGCUGCUAGGGUGCCUCCUUCCUUUGUGGGCUCCUUUUACCUCCGUGUUUGAAAAUGGAGGCUGCUGAGGCAGGCAGCACUUCCCAUGCCUUUACCAGCAGUACUUUCCUCCCCUCUUCUCUCCCUUCUCUCUCUCUCUCUGUCUCUCUCU